UGUAAGUUAUGGAGGAGGCGGCGCUGGAUCCGUCACACGAGAGAGUGGUGACCACGGGUGUGACAGGCGGCUGUACUGUCCCUCUCACCUGUUACUACCGUCACUACGACCGGAUAUAUCCCGUCCCUCGUGACCUGCCGUAGUAGCCCAGGCCGAGCGCUGCUCACCUCAGCCAUGACCACCUACACUGUCUCCUACAUUAAAGAGAAGCUCACCAAGGCCCUCGACGCCUCCCAUAUCGAUGAUUGGGAGUAUUGAGAAGAUUUUAAGGACCUCAGAAACAGCCUGCCAACAUCUUUGUUCAGGCGGCAUUCUCUUAAGACAUCUCGUCACCUCUUCAGUAUAUACUUCUUGAACAGACAUUCUAAAGUGUCAUUUGUAAACGCCUACUUUUCAUAACUUGAAAGAGAGAUAAGAUUAUUUGUAGCUUCAAUAUUAGAAUAUGCCUGAAACUUGAUCAUGCAUAUGUGAGGCCUCUUUUUUUAUUUUAUGUAGGCUAUAUCUAGUACAGUAUACUGUUCUGUAUAUAUAUACAGUAUAUAUAUAUAUCCAUAUAAAUACAGUAUAUAUAUAGCAUAUCUUAUUGAUUGCACUAGUUAUAUUCAUCAUCUUAUUCAUUUGAAAAAGUUUAGUUCAUUGUAGUUGGAAUUUUACUAAAUAAAAAUUUAACGUUAUUUAAAAUAUGGCAAAUGUUGUUUUGGUCACACUUUUUGGCCUUCUCUUGAGAUGGUGUGUGUCACUGCACCCUUACUCGGGGGCUGGUAAACCCCCAAUGUUCGGGGACUAUGAAGCCCAGCGCCACUGGCAGGAGGUGACAGUCAAUUUACCAGUCAAAGAGUGGUACGUGAAUUCAACAAGUAAUGAUCUACUGUACUGGGGCCUGGACUAUCCACCCCUUACUUCAUAUCAUAGUUACUUGUGUGGAAUUCUAGCAAAGAGAUUGAACCCCAAUUUUGUUGAAAUGCAUGCCUCUCGUGGUUAUGAAAGUUAUGAGCACAAGUUAUUUAUGCGGUACAGUGUGUUUGUAGUUGAUCUAUUCGUGUACAUUCCUGCAGCUUACAUGUUUCUUUGUGCCCUCUCAAGUGUUUCUCCACGAAAGAAAUAUGGGAAAAUGGAGUAUAUAUCACUAAUGCUGUAUCCAGGCUUAUAUCUGAUAGAUUACGGUCAUUUUCAGUAUAAUAAUGCAUCACUUGGAUUUUUUAUAGGUGCUGUUGCUGCCCUAGUAAAGGGCCAGGAUUGUUUGGGUUCGAUUUUGUUUUGUUUAGCAUUAAAUUAUAAACAAAUGGAAUUAUAUCAUGCUCUACCCAUAUUUUUCUAUUUGCUAGGAAUAUGUUCCAAACAAGGAAGCAUAACAGGCUUCAUGUUAAAACUAAGUAAGAUUGGUAUUUCAGUAGUUUUAACCUUUGCUAUCAUCUGGUCUCCCUUUCUGUCUGACACCAAAGUAUUGUUACAGGUGGUGCAUCGUUUAUUUCCUCUUAACCGAGGUUUAUUUGAAGACAAAGUGGCUAGUUUUUGGUGUAGUAUAUCAGUUUUAGUAAAACUCCAUAAACUAGUCAGCACUACUAAUAUGGCUCUGAUCUGCUUGCUUUGUACAAUUGUGUGUAUGAUCCCGUCAAGUUUGCACCUUUUCAUUAAUCCCACACAAAGGCACCUUCGCUAUGCCCUUGUUAAUGGUUCAUUUAUUUUCUUUUUGAUGAGUUACCAUGUCCAUGAAAAGAGUAUCUUGCUUGUAGCAAUACCAGCCUGUUUGAUAUUUAGUGAAGAACCUUUCAUGGUAACUUGGUUUUUCAUUGCAUCCAUUAUUAGUAUGUUGCCUCUUUUAGUCAAAGAUGGCUUAACAGUUCCCAUGAUUGCAUUAACAGUGCUUAUAUAUGUAAUAUUGAAUUGUGUACAAAGUUCAACUGGUUUCUCAUAUUCAAAACCACCAGCCAAGAAUCCCUUUUGGAUAUGGAUGAGAAGGAGCUUCCAACUUUCCCUGGUUGGCUUUUGCUUCCUAACUGUUGUUUCCUUGACUGUGACCCCCCCAUCUCGGCUUCCAGACCUCUUCCCAGUGCUGUUGUCCAUUUACUCGUGUGGCCACUAUUGCCUUUUCUGUUUAUACUUCCAUUUCUGCCAGUUUACCAUGAAAUAUAGCAAGAAUUCAUUUACCAAGUUGAAGAUGCAGUAAAUUUUAAAUAAUGAGAUUGGAUAGCACUGAAAGAAAUACCACAAAGAUUUUUUUUUUUUUUUUAAAUCCUUGUUUAAGAUAAAUAAUACGGUAUAUAUAUAUUUUUCUAGAUAAUUAUUUGACAGUAAAGUCAGCAAUCAUUACCUACUUAAAGUUCUGUAUAUAUACUAUAAUUUAUCUUUGUAAAUGAGGUAAAAAAAUUACUUCAUAUCUUUGCAAAACUUGAUAACUCAAAAAGAGGUUUAUAUAUGGAAUGACAUCACAGUCCAAUUUGUAAAUGCAGUAACUAGAGGUGUUAACCAAAAUGCUGUACCUGUACUGUGUGUGUCUGUGGCCAAUGUUUUGCCAAGGACAGUACAGUGAAAUUUUUGAGGGUACAGUAUUUUUUUCUUUUUAUUUAAUUUCUAAUAUGGAUAAAAGGUGUUGACCAGGCCACACACUAGAAGGUGAAGGCCUGGACCAUUCUCAAGUCGAUUGUGAAUGGAAUUGUGACCAUUCUCAAUCGACUUGAGAAAUGGUCCAGGACGGACCGAAACGUCGUCGUCCCUUCACCUUCUAGUGUGUGGUCUAGUCAACAUACUUUAGCCACGUUAUUGUGACUCAUUGCCUGCAUUUGGAUAAAAGGUGUUCUUAACAUAGAUACCAUGGAAAAUCUUAGAAAGAAAAUAGUAAAUCUAUUAUAUAUUUUGUAUCGUUAUAUACUGUAAUGCAAUUUUCAUUGCAUGAAAACAUGUAACUUGCUAUCAGGCCACUUGUGUUCCAAAUAUAUAAACUGUCAUUAUAAAUAGAACAUAUAAGCAUGCUUACUAAGGAGUUUUAUGUCUUUUCAUAUCUACCAUUAAUUCCUGAAGUACAGAAAAUGACAAUAGCAAUAAACAAGUACCCGGGAGUUAGGCAACUGUUGUGGAGUUGCAUCCUGGGGAGGGUCAGUAGUUGGACCAUGGGGGGGAGUGCUCGAUAUAAGCUUAAGGAAUAUAGAUAUACACAGGCUUCCUGUCCCUGACAAAAUGAAUUGUAUAAUCUAUAUAUCUGUAUCUCUAUCUUACACAUAAUGUGUUGCAACAUUAGAAAUUACACAAUAUGCUUUAUUUAACAAAUAUAAAAUCUUACGACAAGUGUGAGGUGUAAGCGUGAGGGCUUGAAAGAAGUACGGUACAGUACAGUAUACUGUACUGUAAUUACCAAUUUUUGAUGCUACUAUCUGGGGUGAUGUGCAAGUCUGCUGUCAACCACUAGCACCACGUGCCGGGUCCAAGAGCCUAUUUUGAAGAGCAUUAGACCUGGUCAAACUUUUUUUAGAAACAUUUUUCUAGGCAAGUAGACUGGGGUCCCAUAUCAUCAUCUAGAGCAUAUUUGUUUUUAUAUUGUUUCCUAUUUCAUUUUCAGUGUUUGUGCACAAAAUUUCUUUUAGGUCAUCUACCUGACAUAUCCGACCAGGUUAAAUUAAUUAUAAUUAUUUCCAUUUAUCUACCACAGCAAUUAUAGGGAUAAUGCCUCUCACCCCUGGACAAAAUUACCCUGUAUUGGUAUUGGUAACAGUAUUAAGCAUUAUGUGCUGUGACCAUGACAAAUAAAUAGUAAUUUCACAUUUUGCCUGGUUUACAAAGAGCUACAGGUUGGUGACUGCAAUAACAUACUUGGUCCCAAUUGGUUCAAAAUCCAUACGACUGAGGCUGGCUUUAGCUACACACGUUUUCAGUGGUCUGUAUCUUUUGAAACCGUCAAGUGUUAAAUUCUAAUGGUAAUGUACAAGGCACCAUGGUAUGUCUGUGGUGUUUUCAGUUAGUAGAUGCAGUUCAGUACUGUACUUGGUUUUGGUGUUGACUCGAUCACUUCUUUAGUCAUACACAGUAGCGCAGUCAGUUGGCAGUGUUGGAUACAACCAAUAAAAUUUAUUUCUAGGUGUCUAUUGUUAUGUAUUUUACAGUACAGCAAAAUAUCAUAAAACUGCCUUAAAAAUAAAAUGUAAUGUCUUAAAAACAAAAUCUAAGAAUUUUAUCCAAAAUAAAACCUUAAAACUUUUAAAUAUAUUAAUGGGUCCUAUAGCACAGUGGUCUGUGUCCUCAGCACAAUCAUGGGACCCAAGUUCUUUUACUGGGUAGAACAGAAAGGGUUUGGCAUAUUUAAUUUUACCUGAUGCAUCUGUUCACCAAGCAGUAAAUUGGCAUUAGGGAGUUAGGGUUGCAUUCUAGGUCAGGUCUGCAGUUGACCUAGGGAAACCUCAAUAAGUCAAAGUACAAGCUUUGUUCCCGACAAUGGGAGAAUUCUAAUUUUGUUUCUGAUAGUAUUGUACAGCAUCUCGUAUUCACACUUGUAAUACUAACCUGCCUCCACCCCCUCCUUAAACACAGUUAUGAUCAAUUGGCUCCAACAUUUAUUUCCAGUUAGAGAAGAAGAAUUGAGUGGAUUUGCCUGUUAGUGGAAGUAUUUUGAAGAUGUCAUUGAUAUUAUUAAUUUAUGCAAAAAACAUUAUUUCCAUUUCCUACCUACAUGGGGAUAGGGGAUGCAAAAACUCUGAAUAAAAAUAAAUAUGUUAGUAUAAUUAGGAACUGUACAGUGUGGAGUAAGAAAAACAAAUUGUUGCAUUUUGUGGGAAGGUAUUAUGAAAAGAUGGAUUCUCAUCCCAACCUCCCAGAGGAUGCCGGAGGAUGUGAGGCCGGGUGCACCACACAGUGGUUGGUGGAGGUGUUGCCACCAACCUCCACAGAGAGGUCGUCUGUCAUUGAUAAAUGUACUAAAUGAUAAUGGAUAGUAUAUUGACAGUGUCAGAAUUAGAGAGUUGUUCACAGUUUUCUUGGUAUUAAUAUUCUGUAUGCUGUCUGCUCCCACUUGUCUUUUUACAUGUCCAUUCCAGUACAAAUAAGUUACAAUUUUUAUACAGUACAGUAUUUUGGUUUAUGUGGUGACCAAACAAGAAUAUGCAUACUUCUAGAUAAGAUCAUUACAAAUACAGUGCAGGAUAGCAAUAAAAUUCACAUGUACAAGUAGAACCCCUACACGGCUCCAAUUGCUAUGUGCAAUUGCUUGCGGUGCUCUAAUCGCCAUAUGGAAUUUUUAAAAAUUAUUUUGUGAAUUAUAUUUUGUCAUGCACACAGCACAAUGUAGGACUUAAUUAGCUGAGCCAAGUAAGGGAUAAGGAAAGUGAAUGUGGGUAAUCGUGAUGCUUUUUUAUUAUAUACAGUAUGUAUUUAUGAAGGACCAGUAUAUCCUGGGUAUUUGUUCAGAGCUUGUUGCUUGAGAUUAAAUAGAUUACUGUAUAUUAUAAUAAUAAUAUAAUAUAUUAAUCAUAUUUCUAGUAAUUUGAUUGGUAGUUCAGUGUUGUGGUACAGUAUCCGGUAACAAGAAUUGUAUAUUUAUUUUUUCACUUAUUGAUUGUAACAAGUGCAUGGCUUCUUGGUUUAAUACAUUGCAACAAAUUUGUCUUGUUGCGGGUUGAAGUUAAAUUAGAUUGUUUGGUUAUAUUAUAUUUAUGCGUUAAGUGUUUAUCAUUGUUAACAUUAUAUAUGCUUAAUUGUUUGCAGCCAAGAUUAGGUUCUAUUGUGUGUUGUACUGUUUAUAUCUAGUAAAUUAGGUACCGGUAUUAGUAAGAUAAUAAAAGCAAUUGACAGUAUGUUAGUUGUUAAUUAGUACUCUAGUGUCUGUAGGCUUUUCUAUAGGAUGUUUCUAAAUUAUAUUUUAACAAGAUGAAUUUAAUGUAGUGAUUUAAAUGUUGCUUUUACAGUGCUGAAGUGUAUGAAUAGUAUUAUUAAUAGUUCAAUAAUGAACAUAAGUUUGAUUUUUAUGAUACAUGGUAUGAGGUAGUUAUUGCUAAUAAAGUUAUUUUUUCACAA